CUUUUUCCUUCUCUUUUCAGGCGCAAGAGAUCUGAUGCCCGUGUCCGAGGAUUAUCACCUCUUUCACACACCCACACACACUCUCUCUCUCUUACUCUCGCUUACACCCGCUUACUCGUCCUCUUUUCCUUCUUCCUCGCUCUCUACAAAGUAUGAUACGAUAUACGUGUGUUCGUGGUGCUCCCCUGCUCCCUUUCUUUGUUCAGUCUGCUCAACUGCAGGACCGCCUCCUGCACGGCGAAUGACAAUCUUCUAAAGCAAGUGCACGAUGGGGAACGUGGUUGGGCACAUUGUCUGUCUGGUUUGUGCGUAACGCCUCCCCCCAUUGCUCUCUUUCUCGUCCUCUCUUUGUGGUCCUAACUCGGUCGCACCCACAUGCAUUACACAAACACACACGCGCACACACGGGAGUGAAUGCAUCCUCUACUCCAAUGACACAACCACAUUCACAGCACCCAGUCCAACCUAGCCUGCUCAGCGCCCUACAUGUGUUGUUGUAUACGUGUAACUGUACACUUCCUAUCACCUAAUGGCGCCACCCUAUCCAUACGAUAGGAUAAGAUAGGCAAAAUAAAAUCUAUUACUCACCUUCAUGCGGGGAAGACCUGC